GAUAUUAAGUUAUUGAUAAAUCAAGAACCACAAAAUCCAAUGGCUUACCUUUCCUCCAAGAUGAGUCUUAUAUUGGUUUUUAACCGUUAGUUAUUGUGAAAUAUGAGUAACCUUAUCAUUAUACAAAGGAUAGUGGGCAACAAAAGGUUCAAAUUGAAGUUUAUUAAAGAAAAAAAAGUGAUAACAAGAAGAAGAAAUUCUUCUAGUUAAUUUAAGCAAUGGCUUCUUCUGUUAUGUCCUCUGCAGCUGUUGCUACACGCACCAAUGUUGCUAGCAACAUGGUUGCACCAUUCACUGGUCUCAAAUCUGCUGUUUCCUUCCCUGUCUCAAGGAAGCAAAAUCUUGAUCCAAGAUGAGUCUUAUAUUGGUUUUUAACCGUUAGUUAUUGUGAAAUAUGAGUAACCUUAUCAUUAUUCAAAGGAUAGUGGGCAACAAAAGGUUCAAAUUGAAGUUCAUUAAAGAAAAAAAAGUGAUAACAAGAAGAAGAAAUUCUUCUAGUUAAUUUAAGCAAUGGCUUCUUCUGUUAUGUCCUCUGCAGUUGUUGCUACACGCACCAAUGUUGCUAGCAACAUGGUUGCACCAUUCACUGGUCUCAAAUCUGCUGUUUCCUUCCCUGUCUCAAGGAAGCAAAAUCUUGAUAUCACUUCAAUUGCUAGCAAUGGUGGAAGAGUUCAGUGCAUGCAGGUGUGGCCACCAAUUAACAAGAAGAAGUACGAGACACUCUCAUACCUUCCUGAUUUGUCUGAUGAGCAAUUGCUCAAGGAAAUUGAGUACCUUUUGCAGAAGGGAUGGGUUCCUUGCUUGGAAUUCGAGACUGAGCACGGAUUUGUUUACCGUGAGCACCACAUGUCACCGGGAUACUAUGAUGGCAGAUACUGGACAAUGUGGAAGUUGCCCAUGUUUGGGUGCACUGAUGCCACCCAAGUCUUGAAUGAGGUCCAAGAGGCCAAGAAGGCAUACCCACAGGUCUGGGUCAGAAUCAUCGGAUUCGACAAUGUUCGUCAAGUGCAGUGCAUCAGUUUCAUUGCCUACAAGCCAGAAGGCUACUAAGUUUCAUAUUAGGAACAAAAUUGUCUUUAGGGACAGUUUGUUUUGAAAUGGUACUUAGGUUCUUUUUCUUUUGUAUUAAUUGCCAUAAACUGUUUAUGUUUUCCUUAAUUUUCUAUUCAGUGUAUGUUUUGGAUUUAUGAGGACCUAAUUAUAAUAUUAUGAUGAUUUGGUGCUUUGUUUGGAAA